AAGGAAGACAGCUGUAGGGAGGGGCACAGACAGGCUUGGCAACUGUGGUUUUUUCUCCAGCUGUGAAAAACAGCAGACAGGAAAUGACUGCAGGCUGCAUAGACAUUCAGCUUUUUCACUUUUCACUGUCUGUUUUUCACUUUGGUUACUUUCUCGUGUAGUGUGUCCGAAACCUCUCCGCUGGCACUAUGGACAACUUCCAGACUGUUCUGCGUUUCUUCAUGAACCAGAAAGCCACCAUUGGUUACAGUUUCAUGGCUCUACUUACAAUAGGCGGGGAACGAGUCUUCUCCAUGGUUUCCUUUCAGUGCCCAUGCAAUCAUGACCAGAACUUCGCCUAUGGGCUGACUUUCCUGCUGGGCCCAGCUGCUGUGCUGCUGGUCUUUGGCCUGUUCUUUAGCACCAGGUUGUGGAGGCUCUACACUGGCUGCUGUCUCAAUCCGAUGAAGCUUUGCCCCCGUGGGAACUGCUUCGGCUGCCUCAGGGUGUUCAUGAGCAUCUUCACUGGGGCGUGUGUGGCUCCUAUAAUGUGGCUCUCUGUUGCCCUACUCAACGGGACCUUUUAUGAGUGUGCUGUCAGUGGUCUCACUGAUAACCUGGUGGUGGAUCUGUUCUGUAAAAACAAGACCUUGAAGUGUCAGGAAGAGCUGGCCCGUGUGCCCUGUGACCGGUCCAAACUGUCCAGUGAUGAGCGCAUGCAGCUGCUACUAAUGUUGAGGGCCCAGUCACAGAUCCUGGGCUGGUGUAUCAUCAUCAUCGCUGCAAUCGUGGGUCUCCUGGGUACCUGCUUCACAAACUGUCGCUCAAAAGUCAGCUACCUGCAACUCACAUUCUGGAAACGCUAUGUGGAAAGAGAAAAGGAGCGCUUUGAUGCCUUCGCUGUGGAAUAUGCGACCAAGCUGGCUGAGAGAAACCUGAAGAGCUUCUUUGAGAAUAAGGACCCGGAUCCAUUCCCUUUCCCCAACCACAAGGCAUGGGAGGAGAUCUCUGCACACUACACCUUUUCCAGGAGUGAGCAGUAUUACAGCACCCUGCAGCGUUACGUGGAGAGGACAGACAGGGACUUCACACCAGAGAAGAGACCUGUCAUGGACUUAGAGCAUGGAAUAGAGAUGAACUAGAUGAGAAUGAUGUGGUCUGCCAUUUUGUUGGUGAGUAAAGCACAGAUAUUCAAGGAACAGACGGGUGAGACUAGAUACUCAUCACUACUGGUAUUGGCUCUAAGUCUAUAGAAUACAGUAUGCAAGUUUGAUUGAGUAAAAGUUUGCUGCCUCCUCACUGACGAAGCUGCCUUUCAGUGUCUUACUCCAAAGAAUUUGCAUAUUGCUAAACUGCAAUGGUACAACUUCAUCUAAGCACAUCAAUUACUGGAGGGCAUAACCCCUAUUUUACUAAUUCUCCCUACCUCUGUAACACUGCAUCCUUUGAUGCCUUCUAUUACUGUACUAACAAUGCUUUUGAAACUUUGUCUUACUUUGGAUUUGCAAAGUAACUUAUUAACUAAGUUACAGUAACUUUAAUAAGUUACAAUUAUUAUUAUAUAUAUGUAUAUAUAUAUGGUAUUAUAUAUAAAUAUGCUUUCCUCUUUGCUUGGAAGAGUUUCAACUUGUAUUUGUGGAUGCAGUGAUGACGAGAAUGGUUUUUGGAAGUGUUCCUAAGUGUCGUCUUGCGGCCCAAAGAUCACAUCCAUUGAAUAUUGUUUUCUGGCCGCUGAGUUUUUUUGAGAUUCUCUGAAUCUAUUAAUGACAUUUGGUACUGUAGACAGCGUAAUUCCCAAUUUCUUUUUUUUUAAUUUUACAUUGAGAAACAUCAUUCUAUUUAAAUUGUUGCACUAUUUACCAGUUCAGUCUGUCAUAGUGGUGAAUCCUUCCCCAUCUUUACUUCAGAAAGACUCAGCCUCUCUGGGAGGCUCUUUUUAUACCCAAUCAUGUUACUAACAUGUUACCAGUUUAACCUAAUUCAUUGUGAGAUGUUCUACCAGGUGUUUUCUUUUUGCACUUCACAACUUUUCCAGACUUUUAUUGCCUGUAUUAACUUUUCUGAAAUGUGCUGCUGGUGUCAACUUCUAAAUGAGGAUAUAAUUUUCAAAAGACAAUGAAAUUUUUGUUUCAGCAUUUGAUAUGUCGUCUUUGUGCUACUGAAUUAAAUAUAGGAAUUCAAUGUUCUGCAAAUUAUCACAUUGUGUUUCUCCCAACAUUUUUUGGAAAUGGGGUUGUAUGCAAAAACACAUUACAGUAAAAUUAAGAGGAGACCCGUGGUGUGUCAAGUCAUUUUGGUGAUGCUACACUGGAUAGGAGUGAAGUUAUUCAAUAGUUUUCCAAAUAAAAAUUAUCCAAAAUUAUGCAACAGGACAUUUAUUUCAUCAAAGUGUUGUAGUAUAGCCAACAGUAGAACCCUGGUGGUUUAGCUAAAUUUGAUGAUAUUACACUGUGUAAGAGUGGAAUUAUUUAAUAUUCAUUUAUUAAUAUUCUCAAUAAAAAAUACCCCAAAAUUAAGUCAAAAGCACAUUUUUUCAAAGUGUUGGAGUAUAACUAGCACAAAGUCAUUGUGGUGUAACAGGAUUUUGGUGACACUACACCGUGUGUGAAUAUUUUUCCCCUUAAAAAAUCCCCCAAAUCAUGCAAGGCCUCUUUUUUCCCAAAACUAAGAGUUGUAUUAUAACAGGAGACCCCUUUAUGGUGGUCUGAAUAUGAUGGUACUACGUUGUAUAACAGUUAAGUUAUUUAAUAUUUUUCCAAAUAGAAAUUCAACAACAUUAUGCAUUAGCCAUUUUUCAAACUAAGUGGUGUAGUAUAACCAACAGGAAACAACUGAUGUGUGAAGUGAUUUUGGUGACCGACACUGUAUAAGAGUGAAGUUAUUGAAUAUUUCUGUUGUAUCCCUUUUUGGUGUUACACUUUGUAGAUGGUCCGUAUAAACAUACCUUGGUUGCAUUUUGAUCAAUGAUUAUUGUUGAUUGUCAACAUUUUUCUGUAAUUUCUGUAAGAAUUAAGGCUUAGUUCAAGCUAACUGCUCUAAGCAUGCCUCUGAAUGGUAUGCUGAAUCAUCUGGCCUGUCAUGUUUGACAAUGAAGACGGUGUUUAUUCCAUUAAAAGCAUCAUGCCAAGGUCCAUGUAAUUACCCUCCUGCCAGACUUGCAGUCUUUCAGCAUUUCAUCCUGUCUGACCCACAGGCAAAGACAUGUCAG